CAAAUCUCAUGCCUACCGUGUCCAAACCACGCUUAGCGAUGAAUUCAUGGUGACUCUGGAUCUGCAGGCCUGACAUGGAGGAGUGGGGCUUUGCUGCUGGCGAUGAGGUGGAGCUCAGGGGCCUUUCGAAGCUGGAACUCAAUGGCCAGCGUGGCACCGUGCUCUCACUGGAAUCUCCUGAACAGGCUCGGCAGUUAGGCCGUUUAGCCGUCAUGAUGCACAGUGGGAAGCAGCUUUCUUUGAAGGUCUCCAACUUGCUGAAGGUCACACAUCGGAGCCACGGAAGUGCUUGUGACUUGUCACUUCACUCUCGCCGGAAACUGGUCUCCACGCCAGUGAACCACGCACCGCAAUUGGCAGUGAUGACCUUCAACUUGCAGCACUUGGCCAACUUCCCCAAGGAUCCCAGCAUUGCCAGGCGACGUUUGAUGGAGUUGACUUCGGGAAGACCACCAGAUCUCAUUGCGAUACAGGAAGGCUUGGAAGGAAUCGACUUGCUGGCGCAGGUUGGAUACAGCAAGCUGAUUUCUUCUGCUGUGAAGGCUGUGCCCUUGCGAGAGGCACUCUACGGCGAUGAAGCUGCGCUUGAGGCUUUGCCCGCAAUUGCGCACGAGAGUUUGAUGGUGAAUGAGUUUUAUCUCCGAAGCGACGAGGAGUGUGCCUGGCAGCUUGAAGGGACCGGCGUCGAGCAAAUCUCCUCUGCUGUCUCCCUAGGGGACGAUCCCAUCGUCCCUCGUUCCGUCAUUUGGGCGAAGCUUUGUCUCAAAGGAACAGAGGGGCCAUGCGUCUUCGUCAUGAACACUCAAUUGAGUGGUUCGAGGAUCGAGGACGAACGAUUCUUGUCCGAACUGGCCGAUGAGAGGAGUCGGCAGGUGGCUCGCUGUGCAGAUCUCGCCUCACAGCACACCACCGAGGACGAUUUGGUCCUCCUGGUUGGGGACUUUGGCGCUGUGUCUGGUCCAUUUGGCCUGGAUGUUCCUCAAGCUGCAAAGGCACCCCUGAACACCUUGGAGGAUCUUGGUUGGUCUUUGGCAUACGACGAGAGCGUGGUGCCUGCCAGCUGCCUCUUCGGCUUCUUGUCGGACUUCAUGGCCACCAACCGCAAGGUCUUACCCCUUUCAGUGGAAGCCAUGGCCACGGCCAACGUGAUUGGUGAGGCUGCCAUAGAUGUGCCACUUUCGGAUCAUCAGGCCAUCAAGGCCGUGUUCUCCAUGCAGCCUUUAUUGUCCACAGCUCCCUCCGAGGCCUCGCAGGACAUUCCGGUGCUCGGCUUUGGCAGUCAUUUUUUGCCAGAAGAUUUGCAGGAGCGCCUCUCGGAUGAGGAAUACUACCAGCGGGUGGAUGAGCUGACGCGAGAGGCUUUAGAGGCAGCAUUUUCCUGUGGAGUGAGGCUACUGGACAGUGGCAACCGCCACAUGAACCAACAAAGCCUUGGACGAGCACUUGAGACAGCCAUAAGCAAAGGUGUGCUGAAGCGCAGCGAAGUCUUCCUGUGUGGCCGCAUCUACAAGUGCAAGGAUCGUGAGCAAAUCCGUGGGGAAGUCGACAUGCUAUUGAGUGAACUGAAAGUGGACUAUGUCGACGUCUUGGUCGCAGAUUGUCCACCAGAGCAAGUGCCCUCCGCUUGGCCUUUCUUCGAAGAGGUGAUCCGGGACGGCCGUGCCCGGUGCUUGGGGGUCGCCAACUUUGACCUCUUGGGGCCCAAGGUUUGCACGGAGGUCUUCCGCAGCUUCCUCUCGCGGGUGAAGGUCCCCCCGGCGGUGAUGGCCUUGGAGGUGCAUCCUCUGAACAGCAACAUUGAGAUGUGCGACCUUUGCGAGACCUUGGGUAUCCAGGUGCUGGCAUAUGCACCCUUGGGAUCACCUGCAAAGAUGGAAAGCUUCAUGAAGGUACUCACCAAGUCCGAUGCUAGGGAGAUGCGACGUUUGCUGAAGGUGCCCGAGCUGCCACAGUUGGAGCAGAUCGCCCAGCGACAUGGGAAGAGCACUGCGCAGGUAGCUCUUCGCUGGAAUCUUCAGCGAGGACACAUCGUCAUCCCCAAGAGCUGGAAUCCCAGCCACAUUGAAGAGAACACUGAUGUCUUUGACUUCAGCCUCUCCAACGAGGAGAUGGCAAAGAUCACAAAGCUCCACAAAGGGGUGCGCAGCGAGCGCUUCUUCCAGGCGUCCUUCACUGCCUCCAAGGCCUUGCCGCGGAUGACACGCGAUGCCUUCGAUGAGUGUCAGGAGAUCUUGAAGAAAAUCCGAGGUCCCACAACAGGCACCUUCGCCCGUCCUUCCCUUGAUGGACCAGUUCCGCUGCCAAUGGAAGUGGCCCAGCGUGGAGGUCACGACGCCUCCGGCAAGGUAGAUUGGGAAAAGCUGGGAUUUCAUCGUCCGGUGGAGGAAGAGCCUGGUUUUUGGCGACGGAUGGGCUUGGCCACGGGCAAAGGAAUUGACGGUGGCAAGGGAAAAGGUCAACGUUUCCCGUGGCUGAAAGACGGCCUGCCGGUCGGUGGCAAGGGUGUACCACACCCCGCGAUGGUCGGAUACCGAUAGGAAUCCGCAGAGAAAAACAGCGCAGAGAAAACUGCGGUGGACGCUGGGACUUGUCAGUCAGCAAUUGCACGGCAACUUGGUGACUCAAAUGAAUCAAUCAUUGAUGAGAAGUUAGAUACGUAGUCCGAACGUGUGCAGUUUUGGGGAUGCGAAUGCUUGGUCGUGUCAGACA